AUGGCGAGUACGUCGACUAGUGUGAAUGUCCUGAACGAAGCCAAAUCCAUAAACCAAAAGGGUGUGAAAUGUCGAAAAGAAGGCAAUUAUAAACAAGCGCUAUCUUAUUUCAUGGAAGCUGCAACCGAAAUUCAAUUGAUAUCCGAGAGUAACGAUCAUAGUCUUCGUCAUCUUGAAUGUGAUAUUUAUCUUAAUAUAGCUAAAUGUUAUGAACAUCUGCAUGAAUUAAUAAAAAUCGAUGAAUGGAGCAGGAAAGCAGAGAAAAUAGCCAAGCAACUACAAAAUGAAGAGAAAAUUUCAAAGUGUUUAGAUCAUCAGGGCUUCAUUAAACGAUUGCAAGGUGAUUUCGAAGGAGCUUUAACCGAAUUUAAUAAGUCACUUGAAAUGAAAUUAAAUUGUUUAGGGAGUCAAGAUAUCAAUGUCGCUUACUCGUAUAACUCCAUUGGAGAUAUCUAUUAUGAACAAAGUAAGUAUGAUGAGGCUCUAUCAAUGUAUAAAAAAUCAAUGAAGAUUCGAUUAGAACAACUUGGUGAUCAUCAUCCAAAAAUGGCUUUAGCAUACUACAACAUUGCACAAGUCUAUAGUAGGCAAGACAAAUAUGAUGACGCUCUAUUAAUGUAUAACAAAUCAUUGGAGAUUGAUCGAGCACAGCUGGGUGACAAUAAUCCAGCUAUUGCUACAACAUAUAGCAACAUUGGAGCAGUUUAUAAUCAUCAAGGCAAGUAUGAUGCAGCACUAUCAAUGUAUAACAAAUCAUUGAAGAUUCAAAUAGCAAAAUUUGGUGACAGACAUCCAAAUACUGCCGUAAUGUAUAGCAGUAUUGGACUUGUUUAUAGUAAUCAAGGCAAGUAUGAGGACGCUUUAUCAAUGCAUCAUAAAGCAUUAAAAAUUCAAAUAGUUCAGCUUGAUGACAACCAUCCGCACACUGCUAUAACCUAUUGCAACAUUGGAGAUGUCUAUAUUGAUCAAGGCAAGUACGAUAACGCUCUCGCAAUGUAUAACACAUCGCUCGGGAUUCGACUAAAGCAUUUUGGUGAGAAUCAUCCAAAUAUUGCUAAAGCAUAUGACAAGAUUGGACAAGUUUAUACGAAUCAAGGCAAGUAUAAUGACGCUCUAGCAAUAUUAAACAAAUCACUCAAGAUUACAUUAAUACAACUUGGUGAAAAUCAUCGUUAUGUUGCUACAACCUAUAAGAAAAUUGCGAAUAUCUACAACCAUCAGGGCAAAUAUAAUGACGCUGUAUUAAUGUAUAACAAAUCAUUAAACAUUGAAAUAGUCCAAUUUGGUGAAAAUCAUCCCAAAAUUGCCAUUACAUAUAGCAAUAUUGGACAAGUGUAUUACGAACAAGGCAAGUACAACGAUGCUUUAUUAAUGCAUAACAAAUCACUGAAGAUAGAACUAGCACAGCUUGGUGAAAAUCAUCUCAAUGUUGCUGUAACAUAUAACAACAUUGCACUAGUCUACAAUAAGCAAAGUAAGUACGAUGACGCUCUAUCUAUAUUGAAAGAAUCACUGAAAAUUAAACUACCAAAACAGGGUGAAAAUCAUCCGAGUCUUGCUUUCAUCUACGGUAACAUGGGACUUGUUUAUUAUAAUCAAGGCAAAUAUGAGGAUGCUCUAUCACUGUAUAACAAAUCGCUCAAGAUCGAACUAGCACAAUUAGGUGAUAAUCAUCCUAAAGUUGCUUCAACGUAUAACAAAAUUGGAUUGGUUUAUGAUAGCCAAAAAAAUUAUGAUGACGCUCUAUUAAUGCAUAACAAAUCACUUAAGAUUCAACUACAACAACUUGGUGAGAAUCAUCCGACUAUUGCUACUACAUAUAACAACAUUGCAGCUGUCUAUGAUCAUCAAAAAAAGCAUAAUGACGCUCUAUUAAUGCUUAACAAUGCAUUGCAAAUUGAACUAGCACAACUUGGUGAUAAUCAUCCAAGCAUUGCUGCAACCUACAACAAUAUUGGAGCUAUCUAUAUGGUAAAAGGCAAGUGUGAAGACGCUCUAUUAAUGUACAACAAAUCAUUAAAGAUUUAUCUAGCAGAAUUUGGCGAAAAUCAUCCAAAUAUUGCUUCAACGUAUAUUAAUAUUGGAUUUACCUAUUGUAAGCAAAGAAAACUCGAUGAUGCUCUAUCUCUAUAUAACAAGGCAUUGCAAGUUUAUUUAGUAACAUUAGGCGAGAAUCAUCCUCAGACUGCGCAAUGUUAUCAAAAACUAGCCGCAGUCUGUCGCCGACAGUCUAAUUAUCUCCAAGCAAUCUUAUACUAUCGAAAAUCCAUCGAUAGUCUACGCAAUCUCUAUGAAGAAAAUCACCCUCAAAUCCUCUAUUCCACGAAAGAAAUUGAUAAAUGUAAUAAUUUACUGUUAUUGGAAGAAAAAGGGGAUGAGAUUGUCGCAUCAAAAAUAGCCAAUAUUCUUCAUCAGCAACUUACAAUCAAUCCAACAGUCAUCCAUCGUUCUACACGAUCACCAGGUAAUUUCUUGAUUUCAGCACUACUCGAACAAUUUUUCAUCCAAUAUAUUUUCACCUUUUACGUUCCAAUAAAUACCUAA